UUUCUUUAGACGUAUCUCGUGAAUAUUUAACUUACCCAGGGAAGAGUUCACUUGAAGUGAAAAAGCUGAAACAGAAGCAGUUGAACAGACAUGGAUGAACAAGAAUUUCGACGCCUUCUUGAACUUUUCCCCGUCGUCCGAUCUCGUGAUUACUGUGUCGAAUCAGAUUCGCAAAGGCAAUCAACUUCACGUUCCAAGCAGAAUGAAGAGAUGAAGGAAUGGCAAGAUGCAUGGAGUGAUGGGGACAAAAAGGAAGUAAUAAAGGAGGACCUUCAUGAUGCAUUUUGGGAGAAGCUAAAGGCUGCUGCUGAGGGAAAGGUGGGUGCAGCAGACGCCGAAAGAUUUUGCAAGGCCUUCAUAAAAAUCCACAAGAAACUUGUUAAUGAAGAGCUGAGUUUGAGUGCUGCAAGGCGCCUUGUGAACCAAUCAAAGAAAUAGUCUCCGAUACCGGAAUAAUCUCUUGGGUUCUCUUUGUUCUUCCCCCCCCUGUGAGCCGAAUAUCUUCCGUGUAAAAAAAGAAGGAGAAUUCGAUAGAAACAGCGAUUCGAAGUUUCUAACUUUCUUGAACAUUUUGAAACUUGAUUGAUUGCACUUUCUCAUUCAAACUGAAAAUAGUUUUGUUUUCAAAA